UUACAUCAAUGGACUCCAGCAAACUGUUGAUGGGAUAUUCAAGAUGGUGGUAGUUCCUAUACUUGGUCAGCUUGCAGAUGAUUAUGGGAGAAAACCAAUUCUACUUCUCACUGUAUCAACUACAAUCUUCCCUUAUAUUUUACUUGCCAUUAGUCGGUCAAGGGGUUUCGUAUAUGCUUUCUAUGUGGUUCAUACACUUUCUAAUGUAAUAAGUAGACAUGGAAACAUUUUCUGCAUCUCGUAUGCUUAUGCGGCAGAUGUUACUGAUCAGAGGAAGAAAGCUGUAGUUUUUAGUUGGAUGACAGGUUUCUUUUCUGCUUCUGAUAUCCUUGGAAAUGUCUUGGCACGUUUUCUUCCAGAGAAAUAUAUUUUUGAGGUUGCAAUAGGUCUUUCGAUCUUUACUCCUGUUUACAUAGCGUUGUAUCUAGUGGAGACUGUUGAACCUAUUAAUGGAGUGAAUCAAUGUCCUCCUAAUGUGAACAAGGCAAAGAAGUUUUUGUGGGAGCGAUUUGCCUCUAUGAAAUGUGCUAUAAUGAUUGUCAUCAGCAGUCCAACAUUGAAGUGCAUCACACUGAUAAGUUUCUUCUUCAAGCUCGGAAUGUCCGGCAUCGAUGCAGUCUUACUGUACUAUUUGAAAGCUGUGUUUGGUUUUAAGAAAAAUCAAUUGUCAGAAGUUUUGAUGGUCGUGGGAGUAGGUUCAGUUGUAUCUCAGAUGGUUGUGCUUCCGCUUAUCUAUCCGUUUGUUGGGGAGAAACUGAUGUUUUGCAUUGCCUUACUGUCAUCAAUAGCAUAUGCGCUGCUUUAUGGAUUGGCUUGGGCACCAUGGGUGGCUUAUUUGAGUGCAUCUCUUGGAGUCAUCUUUGUCCUAUUUACACCGGCUUCUUAUGCUAUGAUAUCCCAAGCAAUAAGCUCAACUGAUCAGGGUAAAACAUUAGCACUUGUGGAUGGUGUGAAAGCAAUUGCAAUUUUUUUAUCUCCGAUCGGGAUGAGUCCAUUGACUGCUUGGUUCUUGUCUGAAAAUGCACCAUUCAACUUCAAGGGGUUCAGCUUUAUCUGUGCUUCUUUGUGCUUGGUUGUGGCAUUAUGCUACGCUUGCACGCUGCCAAAGCAAGUGCCGUUGGAGAAAGCCUCCGAAGACGAGAUAGAGAGAAUCGAAGCGCCUGUUCUUUCUUCACAGUGAACUGAGGGGUGAUCAUUUGUGCACCGCCAAAUACACUGCCUGGGUGAAAAGAUUACUUUCUGUAUACAACUGUAUAGUACACCACAUAAAUUGCAAAACUGUAUGAUGAACUUAUGAAGUGUUGAUUCACCUGUAUAGUGCACACCAACAAAUUGCAGGAUUUGGAUGAUAAAUUUUCUGUUCUUUACUGAACUGUAUACACUAAAAGUUCUGUAAUAUCAUAAAUGAUAUAAAGGCUGAACUACUAGUGUUGUAGUUGUAUAGCUAGUAUCAAAUAUUAACCGCAAUCUUUGGUUUGUUUUUUAUAUGAGUUCAUUUACCUAGUGUUCUGGUUCCGGUUAAACGGAACCUCCA